CUCAACUUUAACCUCUUUGCCAGUCUUUGCUUUGACAACAAAAAUAAAAAUAAUAAUUUAGUAACUCACUAGUAAUGUUGUUAUUAUAAGUAAUAUCUCAGUUAAUAACUAAUUCAUAAAUAAUAACACACACAACAUACAACCCCUGAACAUCAUCAUCAUGACUGAAACAACUCAAAUUCCUUUGAAAUCUAAAGACUUCUACAGAACUAUUUUCAAUAAGUAUGAUAGGAAUAAAGAUGGGUUAAUUAGUUUGAAUGAAUUGAUAGAACUCAUAGAAAGUCGGGAGUAUGAAGAAGACAUUCCCCAGUAUUGUGUGAGAAAAAUCCUCAAAUUGCAUGACUAUAAUGAAGAUCAACAGCUAAAUUUCGAGGAAUUCCACGAAAUGAUCAAUAAUCCUGAUCUGCAAUAUGUUUUUGGCCACUAUAUAAAUAGGUACAUAAAUUGGAUCAUUCCACGAAGACAACACCCGUCGAGAACUGUUACUGAUGGACUUUACGAAGAAGAAUAUUCGUGCUAUCCCCCGGCAGUCGGGAUGAUUAUUCUAUCACUCAUUCAGGUAAUAAUUUUCUGUGUUGACGAGGCGACAGAACAUGACUCAACUAGGUCUGCGACAGGUCCUGCUGCUAUAGUAUUUAUUUAUGAACCUAGCAAGCGAAGAGAAGUCUGGAGAUAUAUAACCUACAUGUUUGUCCAUAUAGGGAUUUUCCAUCUGCUCAUCAACCUGCUGGUGCAGGUACUGCUCGGCAUCCCGCUGGAGAUGGUGCACAAAUGGUGGCGAGUGCUCUUGGUGUACUCGGCCGGAGUGUUGGCCGGCUCGUUGGGCACCUCCAUCGUCGAUCCCACGGUGAAACUAGCUGGGGCCAGCGGAGGCGUUUACGCGCUGGUUACUGCCCAUAUAGCGUCCAUCAUUAUGAACUGGAACGAAAUGUCAUACCCCAUCGCCCAGUUGCUUCUCUUCCUGUUGGUGGCCAUCUCCGAUAUCGGCACGGCCAUCUACAAUCGAUACGUGCUGGACAUCAAUGAGCACAUAGGUUAUGCGGCCCAUUUCGCCGGUGCUCUGGCUGGUCUGCUGGUAGGCAUCAACGUGCUCAGGAAUCUAAGCGUGACGAGGACAGAGAGAGUGAUCUGGUGGGUAUCGAUGGUUACUUUUAGUGUGUUGAUGGGGAUUUGCGUCGUUUGGAAUUUGGCUUGGAAGAGCUAUUUCCCGAGAGAAGUGUGAUUUUUAU